UGGUCUUGUCCGUCUUGUUUACUGUCAUGAUAAUUUACUUUGUUUGUUUUCAAUUUUCAUUGAGUUUUCAUUUUGCUAACUUCGAUGUAGCAAAACAGAAUUGAUUUACCAAUUCCUAAAGAAACACUUUCCUAUGUUUUCGGAUUGAGCUUGUUUUUUUUAUAAAUAUGACAAAGGGUUAAGAGUUAUAGGAGGUUAUACAAAAAGUUUAGCUAAGUGAAGUUUUAGAUUUAAAAAAGUGGGAGGAUUUAACUAACAAAAUGGAUAAUGAACUUUUAGAUAUAUCCACAAGUUUAAGGCUACAACUUGGAUACGGAAUAGGUCAUAUACUUAACGAUGUUUGUGCUAGUUUGUGGUUUACAUAUUUUUUAGUAUUUUUUAAUCUCGUUCUCGAAUUUACCGCGGCUCAAGCCGGAUACUUGAUGUUGAUAGGACAGGUUGUAGAUGCUUUGUUUACUCCUUUUAUUGGUUAUCAUUCCGACCAUACAAACAACUAUUUAAGUGCAAGAUAUGGGAGAAGAAAAUUGUGGCAUCUUUUUGGUACAUUAUGCGUUUUGUCAUCAUUCCCUUUCAUCUUCACACAAUGCAUUGGAUGUUCCACAACGCACAGAUGGGCACAGAUGUUUUACUUUGCUGCCUUCAUAACAAUAUUUCAAAUUGGAUGGGCAGCUGUGCAAAUAUCACAUCUUAGCUUAAUUCCAGAACUUGCAGAGGAUCCUCAUGUCCGGACACAUCUUACUGCCAUCAGAUAUGGAUUUACAGUUUUCUCCAAUUUAUUUGUGUACCUGUUCACAUGGAUAAUACUGCAUGUAACUGGUGAUUGUGAUAAAAAACAAGUAGGGCCAGCUGAUGCAUGGAAAUUCAAACAUAUAAUUUUAAUAGCCAUGUCUGUUGGUACACUGGCUUCCACUGUGUUUCACAUCACUGUGUCUGAGAAACAACAGAGGAGUCAAUUACUUACAUCUGAUAAUAAUGAAAGUACAACAGUACAUUGUGAUAUAUUACGCAAAGGGUUGUUGUAUCAGGUUGCAGGCAUAUACAUGAGCACUCGGCUUGUCGUGAACAUAUCUCAAGUUCUGAUACCCCUAUACCUCCACCAAACCUUGGGGUUAGCAGCACGGGCACUGGCUGUUGUACCGCUAGCCAUGUAUAUCGGAAGCCUGGCAGCAGCUGGCUUACAGAGGUUGGCUCCAAGAUCCUUUACGAGAAAACUAAGCUAUUUGCUCGGCUCUGUAUGUGCAUUGACCGGCUUCCUCUGGAUUUACUUUGAUUCCAGCAAUACCUACAAAGUGUACUUUAUCUAUGUUGUUGCUGUGUUAAUAGGGUUUGGAGGUGCGGAAAUGCUGGUUACAAGCCUGUCUCUCACAGCUGAUCUUGUCGGGGCGACUACUGACGCCUCUGCGUUUGUGUACGGGCUGAUGAGCUUCACAGACAAGCUCUCUUGCGGGGCAGCUAUUGCUAUUAUACAGAUGUAUGCCGACGCAGCAGACGCGUCAUAUUAUCGCUACGUGUUGUCGUGGGUUUGCGGCGCCGCCACUGUACUCGGCCUCGCCCUCACGCUUGUGUUGCCGAGUGUGACGCACGAUUCCCUUAUUGUUAACAGUAAUCCAACUGUUAAUGAUGACGAAAUCAUUUCAACACCACCACAUAAUAUAUUAGAAAGUUAGCUAAGCUACUAUUAUUAUAUUAAACAUUUUUUGUACUUAGCUUAGACAAUGUAUAAAGCACAAUGAAAUAGAAGAUGCUUUGAAAUAUUUUAUGACAUAUGUAUAUUUUGAUAAGUAUUGCAAGAGUUAAGUUAUUGAUUGUGGAGUAUUUUAUUGAAACCUGAAUUUAAGAAAUUAUAAGGUAUGCUGUUGGGAUA